UAACAAAAUCUGCAAAUAAACUCUAAAAACAUAAAAAUUCAACGUUUGACUGUUCAUCUCAACUAAAUUGUGAAAAAAAAUGUAUACUGCAGUUAAGCCUCUUUCGAAAUACUUGCAACUGAAGUCGGUUCGCAUUUACGAUGGAGUAUUCACGUUGCACGCAAAAGUUACAUGCGCUCUAUUGUUAGCGUUUACGGUUCUGCUAUCCGCGAAGCAAUACUUUGGUGAUCCUUUGAUCUGCAUAUCCAACAUGCAUUCAAUGGAUUUUGUUAACUCCCACUGCUGGACUAUGGGAAUGUACAUAAUGAACUACGACGACGACGCCUUGGCAGCUGACCGGGAAGAAAAAGUUGAGCUUCAGUACAGGCGCAGCUUUGAAACUGAAGAAUUUAAGCCAACAAUCGAUAGCAAUCUACUAUUCAAUACGGCACCGCUGCUGCAGUCUGCUAAGGGACAGGAGCGCGUCUUUCUGCGCUACUACCAGUGGGUGGUGCCGGUGCUAUUGCUGCAGUCGUUUAUCUUCUACCUGCCUGCGUUUCUCUGGAAGAUAUGGGAAGGCGGGCGACUAAAAAACCUCUGUGCCAAUCUGGACGAUGUGUUAGUAUCGCGCGAAAAGACCACCACGCAACUGCGCAAGGUGGCCAAAUACUUUGCCAACGACUACAAGGAUUCGCAUCUGCGCUACUUUGUCUCCUACAUGUUCUGUGAAGUGUGCAAUUUUGUCAUUAGCAUUGUCAAUAUGCUGCUGCUGAAUGUGUUUUUGGAUGGCUUCUGGGCGCGCUAUGUAAAGGCACUGGCCGCAGUGCCUCAGUACAACUGGGAUGAGUGGAAUCGCAUUACCGCCCACAUAUUUCCAAAGAUUGCCAAAUGCGAGAUUUUAAAGUUUGGCGCCAGCGGCACCUUGGAAUCAGUUGAUAAUCUGUGCCUACUGCCACUCAACAAUUUGAAUGAGAAAAUCUUUGUCUUUCUGUGGGUCUGGUUCAUGGUAAUGGCUUUAUUGGCCGGCCUAAAGCUUAUUUAUCGUAUGUUCAUCCUUUUCCAUCGUGGACUGCGCUUUCAGCUGCUGCGCACGCAGUCUCGUUUCAUGCAACAAUCUUCGUUGAAGUGUGCCUUGCGCGGCUUUAGCUGCGCCGAUUGGUUUAUGUUGAUGCGCGUGAGCAACAAUAUAAGCCGUGAACUUUUUUGCCAGUUGAUGGAACUGCUGGAGGAGGAGAAAUGUCCCACCAGCAAGCCAAUUUCACGUGGCGUGGACAGCCCCUAAGCUAGGACCUUAUCAUAAACCAUACAUUUACAAAUGAUUCCAAUCAUUAUCUGCUAUAUUACUCUUGUCACGAAAGACGACUAUUAUACAAUAACAUUUUGAGAAUUUCAUUUAAUAUUUAUGUUCUCGAUAUGAACGAAUUAUCGAAUCUUUACUUUACUUUAAUCUUGAACUA